GAGCAUUCUUCGCAUCUCUGUCAGUGCGCGAAGCGAUUCUCCUACACCUUCCUGGCUGGCCCAGAAACACCAGAAUAACUUGACAUAGUAUUAAAAAAAAAAGAAAAAUACCCCGUAACAUCCCAUUACUCAAAAAAAGAAAAGGGACAUUUUAUAUGAGGUAACAAUAACGAGUUGGCUCGGUCGGGAGUUGUUGGAGAUCAACGUCGGAGCCUUUUCGGACCAACUGGAAGGAGAAAACACGGUGGAGAGACUUGUUGCUUCAACGCGGUUUUCACGGGAAUUCUUUUAGCCAUCGAAGUUUUUGUGUCUCUCCCUAGUCUGCUCCAGGCUUCUGCUUGGGGAGCCCGACCGCCACGAUUGAUCCCAGCAGCUGGAGCGGCAGCGAAAGCCCUGCCGAGGACAUGGAAAGGAUGAGCGACUCGGCAGACAAGCCCAUGGACAAUGAUGCUGAGGGGGUGUGGAGCCCUGAUAUUGAACAGAGCUUCCAGGAGGCCCUGGCCAUCUACCCUCCCUGUGGACGCAGGAAGAUCAUCCUCUCUGAUGAGGGAAAGAUGUAUGGUCGAAAUGAGUUGAUAGCACGAUACAUCAAGCUUCGGACCGGGAAGACAAGGACUCGGAAACAGGUGUCUAGUCACAUACAGGUCUUAGCAAGAAAGAAAGUUCGAGAAAUCCAAGCUGUCAUUAAGGUACGUCUGGCUUUGCCCAGUUGCAGGGGGCUUUUCAUUGCCAUGGUUACAGGCUCUUCCUUUGUUUUCCUCCCCUCCCCUACCCCGCAGGUGUCUAGUCACAUUCAGGUUCUUGCCAGAAGGAAAUCUCGUGAGUUUCAUUCCAAGCUAAAGGUUACAAGCAUGGACCAAGCCGUGAAGGACAAAGCCCUCCAGAGCAUGGCCUCCAUGUCCUCGGCUCAGAUUGUUUCUGCCACGGCUAUUCACAACAAGCUGGGCCUGCCAGGCAUCCCGCGCCCAGCCUUUCCUGGAGCAGGGUUAUGGCAGGGCAUGAUAUCGGCCGGACAGCCAGGAUCCUCACAAGACAUUAAGCCUUUCACUCAGCAAGCCUAUCCCAUCCAGCCAGUCACAACAGCCAUUUCAAAUUACGAGCCCACAGCAGCUCCAACGGCACCAGCAUGGCAGGGCCGCUCCAUCGGAACAUCUAAACUCCGACUGGUGGAGUUCUCCGCCUUCCUGGAGCAACAGAGAGACCCAGAUACAUACAACAAACACCUAUUUGUACAUAUCGGACAGACAAAUCACUCCUACAGUGACGCCCUGCUGGAGUCUGUGGAUAUUCGGCAGAUUUAUGACAAAUUCCCAGAGAAGAAAGGCGGACUGAAGGAGCUGUAUGGAAAAGGUUCUCAGAAUUCCUUCUUCCUUAUAAAAUUCUGGGCGGACUUGAACUGCAGCAUUCAAGAUGACACUGGCUCUUUCUACGGUGUCACAAGUCAGUACGAAAGCUCUGAGAACAUGACCAUUACCUGCUCAACAAAGGUCUGCUCCUUUGGCAAGCAGGUGGUUGAGAAAGUUGAGACUGAAUAUGCGCGGUUUGAGAACGGACGCUUUGUCUACCGGAUAAGUCGGUCUCCCAUGUGCGAAUACAUGAUCAACUUCAUCCACAAGCUAAAACAUCUGCCAGAAAAAUAUAUGAUGAACAGCGUGCUGGAGAACUUCACAAUCUUAUUGGUGGUGACAAAUAGGGACACGCAGGAGACACUGCUGUGCAUGGCGUGUGUGUUUGAGGUGUCAAACAGUGAGCACGGCGCCCAGCAUCACAUCUACAGACUGGUAAAGGAAUGAGAGGCUCUGAGCUUCCCCUUAAUCCCUCCUCUUUACAUGGACUUACCAACCUCAAGACAAGUGGCAGUGCCUCUACCUGAAAGUCACACCGACAAUGCUUUUUGGUCAUGGUAUUGGGUGAAGUCAGUUGUUAUGAAUUCGUUUUAAUAUAAAGUGUUUGUUAUUUGACUACAGCUGUGAAUUACGGUACAGUUGUUUUAUGUUUGAAUACGAGAAUUCUCGUUUAUAAAUAUGUUGAGUUGGUCUGUUUUGGGUAUAAAGGUGGCUGUUUUUAAAGAAUUUACUAUAUUAAUUUGGUAAAUGGAAAUAUGUGUCUUCUUCUGCUUUGUUAUGUAGAUUAAGGAAAAAAAAAGGAUGCUGACCUUUUCUUUCAGCAGCCUGAUGUGGUCUGUGUAAUAUGUUUGAGUGUGUUUCGUGUGUCUGUAGUUCAUAAUGUGUGAGCGUACAUACUGUAGAUAUUCAGUCAUGCACCAACAGCCAAUAGAUUUUCCAAAGAAACUAAACUAAGAAAACACUACAUGGAUAGUUAGAAGCGAGUGGUUAUGAACAUUGCAUAUUUACUGCCUUUUCUUAAAAAAAGACAACUCUGCUUUCAUUAGUUUAUUUAUCCCCGUUGAAGCACUCCAAGUCUUAGACACUAACAACAGAACUGUUGCACUGUGAAAGUACUAACAACAUUUUGCCUGCAUGUAGGAGGUCUUGUCCUGUGCUAAACAUCUCUGCGCUACAACUCGUUUCUUUGUGACAACUGAUGGGGGAACUUUAGACAGGUGAAAGUACUCGAAACGGACUCAUCUUGUCCAAAAGCACUUUGUUCCCCCGCUUGGACUGCCUUCGUAACGCUUAAUUAUUUCUGUUGCAGCUGUGGUUUUAGAACAAUACGCGAUCAGCACACUACAAAUCACGUGUAGAAAGAAGGCCUUGUUCAGUACGCUGUGGCUUUGUCCUCUUAAAGGCUCAGCAUAUCGUCGCCCCCCCCCCCCCCCCCCCCCCCCCCCCGGGAUGCUGCUGUAAAAAGACUCCAAACCAGGGUGGAGCUGCCUUCACGUUGUCACGCUACGCUGACAUGUUUUUUGUGGCCUACGUCGAUUCCGAGCCUUAAACAUGUUAAAGCUGUGAGAACUCCCAAAAGAUGCCCCUUUAAACUGUGAUCACUACGCAGGAAGACUCUUUUGUUUGCAUUGUGUAAGAAUUGUACAAUCCCGUCUGCCAAAGUGUAGAUGUACAGUGCCUUAGUAUACACUCUAACAUUUACCGUGACUUUGUUUUAAGUCCAAAAAAAUAAAUCCCUGCUAUGUUACUUGGUACAUCUUCACAUCUGAGAAGUAAUGUUUCCUACAAUCGGUACACUCCUAGAAGUAGUUUUUGUUGACGUUAUUAAAAGGCAGUGCUCUUUUGUUGACGUGUGUUAAUUUAAUUCAGCUCAGAAAUAGUUAUAAAACAAGUUAUAUUUUACUCUAAUGCUGUAAGUGUUCCUAAAAUAUCAGCCUUCUUUUCUACAAGUGUGCUAUAAACACAGACUGACUGCCUUUCCUGUUGUAAAAGACCAAAAAUACAGAGAUACAGUUACUCUUUUGUCCUGUCCUGCAUGGUAGCGAGGAAGUGCCUUUUGGUAUAAAAUGUCCAGCUUCAAAAAGAUUGAACGGAAAGUACAAAUUCAAUGUUGCCAGACCAAAAAUGACACAAGUUAAACCAAUCACCACAUUGCCUUUUUAAAGGAUAAUUACUACAGGAGGAUGGAAGCUUGUCAUAAGCAAAAAAAAAAAGAUAAAUGAAACAUUCAUUUUCAUUGAUUUCACAAAUCAAACUUAUCUCUUUCCUGGAGUUCAAAGACUGAAAGACCUGCUAAAAACGCACAGCCACUGACGGCGUGCAGGGUGCCUCCUGGCGUGGACACCGCAGCUGUUGGCGCCGCGCACACUCGCAGGUCCGAGUGUGUUUUGGGAGACGUUCAGUUUCCCUCUCUCCUGCAUUCACGCACUCGCACGGUGUGAAAACAUCGCCACGUUACCUUUGAUGAUGCAGCAGACACAGCUGUGAUGUCCUCGACGGGCCGACGCAAGAUUUGAUCGUUUAUCUUUCAGAUCCAAAAGGGAAUUUGUAUUUAAUUAUACACUACAAAUUGUAUAACUUUUCAUGUGGUUGAAAUUCUUUCAAAAACCAGAAAGUGAAUUUUUUGUGGACAUGGCCGUGCAGGUUAAUGCUUUUCACCAGAAUGGCCAUAGAGAAACUUACAAUUAUGAGGUAUUUUAAUAAGAAAAGCUCAAAAAAAAAUUGCAGGCAAUGUCUCUGUUUGAUCACAUGUCGGAUAAAGUUCAAUCAUUCAGUAUUUUGCCACAUUUUGCCACUGUGGUAUUUUCUUUUCUUUCGUUUACCCUGUGUAUUUGUUCACAUUUAUUGAUUACUUAGAUGUUUUCCUGUUGUAUUUGUAAAAAGUUGUUCUUGGUUUUGUGAUGACAUCGUCUGCAUAUUGCAAGCCCGAUAAGAUGGUAUAAUGAUGUGGCUGCUGCACUGCUGGUACAUUUUGACAUGUUUAAACACUCAAAUGACUUGGUUGACAUGAAUGUCUGGAGGACUGAUUUUAAAAUGAAAUGGACACAUUAAAAAAAGAAACGUGAGGAAUCACAAAUAUGAACAUAUCAGCAGCUUAGCUCUUGUUAUUUGUAAUUCCGUCAAAAGAGUAGGUACUGGUACCUUGUUUUAUGACCAUUUUCACAUGGUGGCUUUAAAGUGAUUUUUCAAACAGCUCACAUAUAGUUGUCAUACACACAUUUGGGUUUUGUGUGCAGACUUUUU